UCUGCCUCUAGAUCUAUCCAUGAGAUGUGAGAGGAGCAUUGAUGGGAAGCCAAGUAAUGAUUGGUUAUCGAUGUACUCGGAAACUUCAAAUCAAAUAAGUAUGUCACGUACCUCUUUUUCUUGUCUGACUGGUCCAGCUACUCUACUUUCCCAAUUGGUAUGCACUCUCCGUACAUACAUGUACUAUAUACAUUAUCGAUUUCCCUUCAACACUAUAAACUGCUCUGUCUCUACUCGUCAUCCUUCUAUUGGGGAAUCUCUUGAAGCGUAG